AUGGAGGCCAGGACUGAAAAUAGUAGAGAAGAGGUAAAUAGAGGCCAUGCUGAGUAUAUAUCCUGGUUAAACAAACAGGAUGAUAUUCUUAAACAAAAAUUCCAGGUCAGAUGGUUUAAAGAAGGGGAUAGCAAUACCAAAUAUUUUGAUACUAUAAUUAGGGACUGGAGAAGGAAACUCAAGCUGGAUAGAAUCAAGAACAAUAGAGGAAGAUGGGUAUCUGGAGAUGAAAAAAUGGCAAAAGUGGCCAUUAAGCAUUUUGACAAUUUUUUCAACCUCCAUCCUAACAGUGUAGAUACUAACAUUCUUAAUUGCAUACCUAGAUGUAUCAGUUCUGAGGAUAACAACAAUAUGCUGAGCUGUCCUCAAGAAGAUGAGAUCAAAGAUGCUGUGUUCAACAUGAGUGUUGAUAGUGCCGCAGGGCCAGAUGGGUAUUCUGGAAGGCUUAUUACCGAGAAUAUUCAGCUAGCACAAGAGAUUGUGCAGGAUAUUAAAUGUACUAACAGGGGAGGAAAUAUGGUGAUCAAGCUGGAUAUGGCUAAAGCUUAUGACAGGAUGUCAUGGCCCUUUUUGAUUGCUCUGCUACAAAAGUUUGGUUUUUCUGAUGAUGAUUCCAAUAUGCUGAUGAAAGUAAUAUCAAAUGUAUGGUAUUCCAUUAUUAUCAAUGGCACCAGGAAUGGCUUCUUCUCUUCAAGUCAAGGCCUUAAACAGGGAGACCCUCUAUCACCUUCUCUUUUCAUUAUAGGAGCAGAAGUUUUAGCUAGAUUGCUCAAUGAGUUAAAUUCCAAUGAUCAUUUUAUUCCUUUCUCUAUGUCAAAGAUAGGCCCUCUAAAUAACCAUUUUUCUUAUGUAGAUGGCUUAGUGAUAUUUUCCAAAGGGCAACACCAAGUCUUUAAAGAUGGUCAUGAAGCAAAUUCAUUGGAACUGGCCCCUCUAGGAUCAACAAGAUUGGAGAACCCACGAAAUUCUGGCCAUCAUUGCUCUGACCUGAAAGAAGUUGUUUCUGGGAUGCUCGAUCCUUAA